AAUUAUAUGUUUCAUUGUAUAUUAUAUAUCAGUUGCCAUACGGUUCAUAAGACAUACAGACGUCGCUAUAGACGGACGGAAGGAUUAUUAUUUAGAUAUAUAUAUAUUGUGUUUUUGAGGAAGUGUUGUGAUAAUGACAUUGUUAUUUUUGUCGAAACUGUCAAUAGCAUGCAUAAUCCUAUGCGUGGUACUUCUCAUCCGGGAAUCGAAUGCGCGACCCCCAUGGUUGAAGCCGGGUAGCGGCGUCUUCACAGAAUCAGCUGAAUGUCAUACAGAUGACGAGCUUCUAGACCUCUGCCAGAGAUGCGCCAAGCUGACCAAAGCCAAGCAAGCUCUCUCGGCAUGCUGUUCCACCGACAUGGAGGCCAGGAAAUGGUGUUCAGACUACGUUUACUUCGGAAGAGGGCAGUUUGAAGUCUACUAAAUGUUAUGUCCCCGUGAAAGUACAAUUACGUGUCGUUCCCGGCACGAAUUGUUAAAAAAAAAGAAUACGACCGCUCCUUCUGUUGCCCGUGGAUGUCGUAAAAGUAGACUAAGUGAUAGGUUUGUAAAUUUGGGAUUGUUAUUAUAGGCGAUGGGCUAGCAACCUGUCAAUGUUUGAAUCUCAAUUCUGUCAUCAAGCCAAAAAGCUGAACGCGGUCUAAGUCUUUUCAAGACUGUUGGCUGUGUCUACCCCGCAAUGAAUAUAGACGUGACUAUAUGUAUGUAUGUAUGUAAGUACAAUAUGAUAACGUAGAAGUAUGUAUAAAAUCUUAGGUCACUCAGUGACAGACAACGCCUUUUCAAAACUUAAGAGCGUACGAAGCUUAGGAUAUCCACUUAAUUAUGUUGUAAGCUGAAAUUAGACAUGAUUGUCUCACUCGGAAAUCUUAUGGAACGAAAAUAAAACUGGAUAUUAGGUUUUCAACGGGCAGGCAGAAAGGCCUAAUAAGGGGCUUAUAUUAAAAUAUUUUAAAAAAUACGUAUUGCAUUAGUUGAUAUUUAUAAUGUUGCGCAAUGUUGAUUAUACAAUAUAUAUAUAUAUAUACUGUCAAUGCAAUAAGCUAU